CCAGUUUGAUUCCGUGAUUUUGUGGCAGACAUUCGCGCGCGCGUUUUGCGGCAACCGCCACGCGACGUAACGCACUGAGAAGCGAUUUUCACGAGACUCCAAAUUGCCGACGCCCCCGCAGCAAGGUACCCCCCGACCCAGCCAGUAACCAAGAGCGGGCAGCGUCGCACAUACAGCUCGCUCUGCCGGCAAUUAGACGCCUUUAGCUGCUCUCGCAUAAUGCUAAUGGCGUUGACAGUGCUCAUCAACGCGACGACCGCAAUCAAUGGACGUUGUCAACGCGGCUGCCGUAGCCACCGCUGUCAAUUCGCCAGUGAAGUGCGACGGCCACGCUUCAGUAGCAGCAGCAGCACCACCAGCACCGAUGCGCUCCACUAUAUCAAUGUCAACGACGGAUGCCAAUCGCUGAUGCAUUAAACCAAACUCUUGAUCUAUUUAUGUGCUUACGCGUUCACUAGUGUGUGUGCGUGUGCGUGUGUGUAUGUGUGUGCACCGAUCCAACUGACCCAUCUGUUGUGCUCAUUGUUUGACCCUCGUGCGGUGUUUUCCAUUAUCCAACUAUCGAAUCUCUGAACAUCGUCGUGCCAAAUGGUCACGUGCGGUCGUCAAACGUUCAACAUGCUGCCGAUGGCGCCGACGAAUCCUUUUGUGGUGUCCGUUAGCUCCACAACAGCUCCGUCCGCCUCAGCAUCGUCCUCAGCCACCGGUGUCAAUUGCUCUUCCAGCACAAGCAGCAGCAGCAACAACAACAACAACAGCAGCAACAAGCCAAAGCUGGCCUUCAGCAUUGACUCCAUAGUCGGCGCCGAGCCAUCAACGCCAGCGAAGACGCCGACUCAUCCGCAGCGCAUGACUGUUAUUGCCUCGCCACGAGGCGACAGCCCAGUGAUCGCCGCCACAUCACCCUCCAUUGAGAGGCGAACACCACGCGGCUUCAUUUAUUGCCGGCGACGGGCCUCCUUGGAUGACCGUUCACGAAGUCCGCCCACGCCGGCCAGCCGGUCCCCUUCCCCAGCUGCAGCUGCGUCUGUGGCACCACCCACUGCACCCAUUACGCUGCCCGGACUCAUUCGCCCGCUUCCGCUGCCGGCUCCAACAAAUCUCACGCUACUUGGUGCUCCACGCUCCACGGAUAGUGCUUCACCUACGGGAACGGCGCCCGGCAUCCCAUCACCCGUUCGACCCACAGCGGCACCGCCUCCACCUUUUCUCGCCGCCCAGUUCCAAAUGGCCGCCGCCUUGGCGCACCAUCAUCACCAGCAACAGCAGCAACAGCAACAACAGCAACAUCCUCAGCAUCCGCCUGUGCCAACGGGGCCACAUCAUGGCCCGCCGCCACCACCGCAUCUGAUGCCCGGCCAUCCGCUGGGCAUAUUUCCAGGCGGCCCCCAUCCAGGACAUCCACCGCCUCAUGGUCAUCAUCCAUUUGUGGCCGCUCCUCAUCUAAUACGUGACAGCUAUCCGCUCUAUCCCUGGCUGCUCAGCCGACAUGGACGCAUAUUUCCACGUUUUCCAGGCAACUUCCUGCUGCAACCGUUUCGCAAGCCAAAGCGGGUGCGCACCGCCUUCUCGCCCACGCAAUUGCUUAAGCUGGAGCACGCCUUUGAGGGCAAUCACUAUGUGGUGGGAGCGGAGCGCAAGCAGCUGGCCCAGGGACUCAGCCUGACGGAGACACAGGUCAAAGUGUGGUUCCAGAACCGCCGCACCAAGCACAAGCGCAUGCAACAAGAGGGCGGCGACAGCAGCGAUGCUAAGAGCAACAAGGGCAGCUCCUCGGGCGGCGGCGGUGGCGCCGGCUGCGAUGGUGACGAGGAUGCCAAACACGAUGGCUCCCAGCAUAGCUCCACGGAUGUGGAGGACGACGAGGACAUUGAGGAGGAUGACGAGGACGAAGUGAUUGACAUGGACGACUAUGGCAGCGACCUGGAUGCUGAGGAGCAUCAGCGCCUGCGCGAACAGUUCCAGCAGCAGCUUGCCCAGCACCAGCAACAGUUGCUCCAGCAGCAGAACGAGGCAGGCGUCUUAACGCCGCAGCAGCAACAGCAAUUGCUGCACCAUCAUCAGCAACACCUGCAACAACAACAGCAGCAGCAACAACAACAGCAGCAACACUUCAUGCAACAGCAACAAAUGUAUUUGCUUGAGAAGGAGCGGGAGCGGCAGAGAGAUCGAGAACGGGAACGAUCUCGGGAGAGAGAGCAUGAAAAGCAGUAAUGCCCAUUGAAAUUCGGAGUUGCUUUCGAUUGGCCUAAAGUGUCAGCUAGUUUGUGUUCCUUUGAUUUGUAAAUUACUUAAGUUAAAGUGUAUAAAUUAAUUUAAUAUACAUAUAUAUAUACAUAUUAUAAAU